AAAUAAUUUUCAAGCAACAUAAACAAUAAGAACGAGGGCUCAUGUGCAUUUUUAAUCAGCAAGUGAAUCGUACAGUAAGACCUGCAUCUAGUUUUCACCUUUUCUCUAUUGAAAUUACUAUACACAAUCAUUAAUUACAAAAGGCUAUAAAAAAAAAAAAACUCAAAUCAAUAUUCAAAUAUGAUAUAACCUCUGCUCAAACAAUCAAAUAAAAAAGUUUCACUGCUAUUAUUUAAAUACUUAUGUAAAAAUGGCCUGUGAGGCGUGUGCCAUUAAAUUUACCCUAUUCAAAAGAAAAAAACAAUGUAUGGAUUGUUUACGGUAUUUUUGUACAGAGUGUGUUAUAAGACGCUUUGAUAGAAUAUUAAGCUGUGACAACUGCAGUAUGCUUUCUCGUAAACCACUCAUUAAAAGUCAAAUUUUACAGAUGCGUUCUAAGUAUUUACGACAAUAUCUUUUAGCAAAAAAAGUAUCUGUUAGAGGAUGCAUAGAAAAAGAAGACUUAGUGAAUUUAUUAAUUAUUUUUGCAAAUGGUGAUGAAAGAAAUAGAAAUUGUGAAAGAGAAAAUAUAUCACAUAGUGAAGAAAAUGAAAACAGAACGGACUUUAAUGAAAGGCAACCAGAUUUUUUUGAACCAUCACAAAUUCUUGAAGGUUCACCCACUCGUCGUUCUAGAAGUCCACAAGUUAAUGAAAGACAGAUUGAUGAAUCUCUUAUAUCAGAAGAAAUUCAGGAAGUGCCAAUCAAUAGACUAGCACAUAAUAUUGAAAUUGAAGAAAUUUUAGAGAAUGAUGACAACAUAAAUGUAGGACCUGAACCUCUGAUAACAGAACAAGAAGAAGUUUCAGAAAUAUCUCAUACUGAGAGUAGUGAAAUUUUUACUGAAAUACAAACGUGGACUGGAAAUGUUAAAUUAUCAGAUAUAAAUGAACAAAAAGAAUUAGAAUACUUAACUGUUAAACAGUUAAAAGAUUUACUUAGUGUUAACAAAGUUGACUUUAAAGGCUGUGUAGAAAGAUGUGAAUUACUGGAUAGAGCUUUUAGAUUAUGGGAAGAAUAUCGAAAAUCUAGAGAAGUAAUCGAAAAAUUAGAUGAAGAUGCACUUUGCAAAAUUUGUUUAGAUGCUCCAAUUGAAUGUGUAAUAUUGGAAUGUGGACAUAUGGCAUGUUGUAUUAACUGUGGAAAACAAAUGACAGAAUGUCCAAUAUGUAGACAAUAUGUUGUCCGAGUUGUAAGAUUUUUUAAAGCUUGAUAAACUAUUGUAAGUUGAAAACAGAUUAAUUGAUUUAAUAAAUUAAUUACUAGAUCCAAUUCGUAACAAUGAACACAUUAUUAUUGUUUUAAGUAUAAGUGAGAUUGUAAUUAUACUUGUCUUUAUAUUUAGAUAUCUCGUGUAUACAAAUGUA